UUCUCCCUUUUUUCGUAGAUGGUGGAAGCUGCAGCCACAUCCGUGCUGGGUACGAUCAGUCGGGGACACCUCGAAUGCCCGAUUUGUUGCUGUCGUUUCACCGAUCCCAAGAUACUGGAUUGUCUGCAUAGUUUCUGCCUGAAUUGUCUGAAAGAGUUCACCAGUAGACAACUACCCAAGGCACACGAGAUUACUUGCCCAGUUUGCAGGCGGGUAACUGCGGUACCAGACACCAGAUUGCAGGGUCUACCCAACUGCUUUUUCCUGAGUGCCCUCGUCGAUGAAUUCAACAAGCAGGAGCGGUUGCUGGGAGAUGCACCAGCGGAUAUUCGUACAUGUGAGGAAUGUGACGAGGGCUUAGAAGCCGUCUCAAGGUGCUUGGACUGCUGUAAAAUUAUCUGCACUAAGUGCCUCGAAGCCCACGAACGCAUGAAAUCCACGAGACACCAUCGGAUCGUUAGAAAAGAACAGAACAGAUUUGAUGUAACCCCGAUCGAACCUCGAAAGAAAGAUACUCCGCAAUGUAACCAGCACACUAACCAGGAUCUAUGUUUUUACUGCGAGACAUGCCAGGCAUUGGCGUGCGGGAAAUGUGCUGAGUUAGAUCAUCGAACAGCGGAACAUGAAUAUAGAGAAGUCGCUGAUGCCAUUCAAUCAUACCGCCAGGAUGUCGGCGAGAUUCUGCAGAGGUUCGAACAGAGCAGAGAGGAAUUCAAAGUCGCCGAUGAUUCACUGACGCAUGCAAAAAACCGGGUCAGAAUCAUGGUCGCCCGGGCUUGUAAAGACAUUGCCGCCAAAGAAGAAGAAGAGAUUGCAAAGAUCAGAAACAAGUCUCGGCUACUUAGAAACAAAGUAACACUAAUCGGUGAGACACGAGUUAGGAAAUUCGAGGAAGUCCAGAAAAGCAGCCGUGACAAGAUGGAGCGGGCCGAACAAAUCGUAGCGACAGUCAACGACUUGAUGCAGCAAGCUGACGACUUCGAGCUUUUGAAUCUCAAACCGAAGGUGAUGAAUAACUUAGAGUUCCAGGAUGAACUCGAAUUUGAGCAGGCACAGCAUGAGCUCUCAUUCAUCGGGGUCAAAUGUCAAGAUGUCGUAGCAGAUACAGACCUCGGUGAAGUACUUCAGGAAGAAAAGUGGCAGUUGAAAGUAGAGUUUGGUGAUACGGGGCCAGAAGAUGGGAAAUUGGAGUUUGCUGCAGGCGUCGCAUGUCUAAGCAAUGGUGACAUAGCCGUAACCGACUUAUGGAAACAGCAGUUGAUGGUGUUUACUUCUACUGGGGAGUAUAAAGAAAGUAUUGGUGGGGAGCUUUUGAAUGACCCCGGAUUAGUUGCUGUGACCGUUGGUGGUCUUCUUCUUGUCGAAGAUGAAAAGUAUGUAAAGGUGUUGGACUCCGGUCUAUUAUACAUUAGCCAGUUCGAAGCAUUACCGGACGAUGCAGUCGAUGAGGAUGGCUAUACUGGUAUCGCUGUGGACAAGGAGAAUCGCAUAGCAGUGGCAGACCCCGUCAGAAAGAUGAUUUCUUUGCACCGUCUGGAUGGGUCCUUAAUUAGAACCAUUCCAAAUGACAUGGUCAGUGGUGGCUUGGCUAUCGGGAUCAGGGAACGCUUGAUUUUUACAAACGUCUUUGAGAGUAAGUUGAUUUGCAUUACCUAUACGGGAGAUGAGGUGUUCAGUGUCGAUACUUCACUUGACGGGGAACCUGUAAGACCCGGGCAAGUGUGCUGCGAUGAUGCUGGGGACAUCUAUGUUGCCGUUGGCAGUGGAGGAUUUGAUAGCUGUGAAGUGCACCAUUAUUCACCUGCGGGAGUCUUCAUUGGGCGGGUGGCUCGCGGACUUCACAAUCCCUUCAGCCUGACAUUCACUCAAAGCGGAGACCUCGUAGUGGCUGAUAGGAACUCCGUCAAGAUCUUUCAGCGAGUGUGA